AUGAACUCGACAUGGACAGAUCAUGAAAUGCUGGUCAUUACUUUACAACUGCAAAAGGAUGCAACACAGGGGCCUGGCGCCUACAAAUGCAAUCCCUUUUUGGCCAACAACCACAAGUUUCGUCGUGAAUUGGUGAUCUUCUUGCAAGGUCUACAGCCGCAAGUUGAGCUCAAGACAGCCACCCAAUCCCCUCAGGAGAUCUGGGACUGGAUCAAAGACGAGUUUAAGGAGCAUGUCCGACAAUUCCAACUGGAAGAAGUCAACUGGCGUAGAAAGGCACUGAAGACGUUACAAGCAAAACGGAAUCGGUGUAUGCGAGCAAAGAAGAACCGGGGACUGAUAUUUCAAGGGCUAGACACCAUCAACCAACAAAUUGGUGCGUUACAAGACUCUAUCGCCGAAAUUGAAGUCCUCAAAUUAGGGAAGUAUUGGAGAGAAAAUGGAGAGAAAAAUACUGGGUUCUUGAAGAAACUCACCGUAUCUAGACAGAAUCAACGUCAAUUGAAACAACUGAGGCAUCCAGUUACUCAAAAAUUGCAUUCUGAUCAAGGUACUAUGAGCGAGAUCGCUGGCAGCUUUUACACGAAUUUGUACACACCAACUCCACCCGAUGCCAGAUCAAUGCGGCUAUUGUUGGAUCAAAUCACACCUGACAUGCGACUUGACGGUGAACAGCAAUCACUCCUCGAACUACCAGUAGAGCUAGAUGAUUUGUUGUUUGAAUGUAAAAGAUCGCCUAAAUUUGCGUCUCUGAUGAAUUCGUAA